ACCGUUUUGACAUUUUCCAUUCUGCAACGAAUUUUUGGAUUCGGUGAAUUGAAUUACAUUUUUAUUUCUGCUAAACGCCCUUAUUCCGUUCAAAAUGGUUAGAAAUAGUUGCAGAUAACUUACGUUCGAUAAAUCUACAAACCUUCGCGUGUAGGGCUUGUGUAAACAUUCUAAAAGGCGGUAGUGUGAAAUCCUGUGCAAAUAAAAAUGAACUCCCGGAUAACGACACCAAAGAUUAACCGUUUCGGUUCCCCAUCGAGGUUGGCCACUCCGCUGACACAAUCUCGCAUAAUGAAACCCUCUGUGAGCAAUUCACAAUUUACGUCAGCCGGUGGUAAACGAGGUAAUUUGAUCGCAUCGAGUAGCGAAAGUUUGAGUUAUUCUCCAUCACCAGCACCGAAAACACCGAAGAAUGCAUCCGCUCUGUUUGCCAGUACCAAGUCUAAAUCGUCCACAGCCCUAAACAGUUGCAUGACGCCUUCGUCGCUGUUUCGCGGUACAGCAUCGGCUACCUCAUUGAAAACGGGUGGUUCAACCUUCGGAACUCCAAAGUAUGGCCUGAAAAGUACCAAAUCCCAGCUUGAUAACUUCGCCCGGAGAACCCCCGAAUGUUUUUCGAAAGUCUCAUUCGACAGUCCGCGAGCGGGUCGCUCUUCGGCAAAAUUAGACGAAUCAGUUAAAUCGUUGAAGGAUAAGGACACUUUGAAUGGUGAAAUCAGUAACUUGAAGGUUGCUGUCAGAGUGCGGCCGCUUUCGGCAAAGGAAUGCGUAGAAUCGGUAGCCAACAUUGUUCGUGUGAAGGAUAAUGAUGUGAUUGUGAAUGCUGGAAACACGGCGGACAACUCGGCCGGAGUAGAACACUGUUUUCAAUACGAUCAUGCUCUUUGGUCUUGCAACGCGGAAGAUCCGGCGUACGUCGGCCAAGUUAGCGUCUAUAAUGACCUAAUGCAACCAUUGCUUGGCAAAGCAUUCGAAGGUUACAACGCUUGUCUAUUUGCGUACGGUCAAACUGGAUCCGGUAAAAGUUACAGCAUGAUGGGUUUGGAUUCGGAUGAUUUGGAAAUAAGCUCGGAGGCUGGUAUUAUUCCUCGUUUUUGCCAGGAGUUGUUCACCCGAAUUGACUCCCUGAAAAAUCAAGUUCAGGUUGAAGUCGAAGUGAGCUAUUUUGAGAUCUACAAUGAAAAAAUUCACGACCUGUUGGCCGUUUCCAGUACGGAUGGCGUUUUUUCUGUGACCAAUUCCAAUGUUAAAAAACCACCGUUGAAAGUACGCGAGCAUCCUAUUUGGGGUCCUUACGUGGUUGAUUUGAGCACUCAUCCCGUUGAUUCGCACUCUGCACUUCGUAACUGGCUUGCUGUGGGAAACAGUCAGCGUGCCACGGCAGCUACCGGCAUGAACGAUAAAAGUUCGCGUUCUCAUUCGAUCUUCUCGGUUGUUUUAAACUUAUCGGAGAUCGGUGAACCAAUUGAAGCGGUAGAUCGAAGCGAGGGUGGCAAGAAUGUGCACCAAACGAAGCGGAGUAAAAUAAGUUUGGUGGAUUUGGCUGGUUCGGAGCGAGUGAGUCAUACAUGUGCUAGCGGUGAACGACUUAAGGAGGGAGUCAGUAUUAACAAGAGUUUGUUAACGCUUGGUAAAGUUAUCUCAUCGUUGGCGGAGUGCAAGAAAAAUCCGUCGACGUACAUCCCGUACCGGGAUUCAGUGUUAACGUGGCUGCUGAGGGAAAGCUUGGGUGGCAACUCGCGAACGGUGAUGUUGGCGACCAUUUCACCCGCUGCAACACACUUGGACGAAACGCUGGCCACGCUUCGGUACGCCUGUCAGGCUCGAACCAUCGUCAACCGAGUCAAGGUGAACGAAGAUCCCCACGAUCGGAUUAUCCGGGAGCUGCGUGCCGAAGUCGAACGGCUACAAGUACUACGGCAGGACUAUGAACGACAGAAGCGCCACUCGGCAAACCAGCAUCAGCAGCCAAGAAAAAUUAUCAUCGAAACAUCGGUCGACGAUAGCGAGGUGGAAGCGCUACGGCAGCAACUAGCCGAAACAGAACAAGAACUAGCUAAAGCCCAAAAAUCUUGGCAGCAACGGCUGCUGGAAGCCGAAGAUGUACGACGAACCGAGAUGAAGCUGUUGAAACGAAAAGGAUUGGCAUUGGAACUAUCCGCCGAACAAAAGGAACCCUGUUUGGUGAAUCUGUCUGCUGAUCCCAUGCUGUCGGGAACGCUGUUGUACAUAAUACCACCCGGAUUGGUGAAGAUCGGACGACCUUCGUCGUUCUCCUCGCCGGAUAUUGUCUUGGAGGGGCCAUUGGUAUCUCAUCAUCACUGCUCAAUCGAAAACAAGCACGGCAAGCUGUACUUAACUGCCGAGGAUGCCGAUCAGUACGAGACGUUCGUCAACGGUGAACUGCUGCAGGAACGCCGGCAACUCUUCCACAACGACCGCGUUGUCAUCGGUGGCUCGCACUACUUUCGGGUUUCGAAUCCGCAGUGCCCCAAUCGCAGCAAGCAAAUCAUGGUGGACUUCCAGUUGGCCCAUCAAGAAAUCCUGCGCCAGCAGGAGACACGGCUUCGACGCGAACUGGACGCCGAAAAGCAGGCUGCCAUCUUGCGGAUCGAAUCGGAACGCAUCGACCACGAGAGGCAAUACGAGGAACGGUUGGCCUCGCUGGAGCUGGAGAAAUUUAAAAUUAAAUGCAGUAAGGAGUUGCUUGAAACGGAAAAGGAAGCAAUGCUCAAGCAAAGCGGCGAUACCGACAUGGACGGUUCGUUCGUGAUUACCCCCUAUAAAUCUAACCUGGCUGAAGAAAUUCGCCGAAUAAUGGAGCGACCUAGCGACGAGAGUUUGCAUCAUAUUCAGCUGAUGGUGAAGGAAGCUACUCAAAGGUGCGCCGACUCUGGCCUACAGUACGAAUUCCAGCAGUCGCAGGUGUUGGACGUGGAAGGUAUAUUCAGAGCCGUCGUUAAUAUCUACGACAAAAGAAACGGAAAAGUCGCUGAGUGGUUACCAGCCCGGCUCGAAUAUUGGCUGAGUGUGGUUAGAGACCGAGAGAAUCUAACCGCCGACAACGUGUUUGAACAUUUCGAUCUCACGUGGAAAGAUAACACAGAACACAACCAGCCUGGAAACGAACCAUCGCGCAGAUCGAGUAGAAUUUCGCUCAACCUAAGCUCUGUGAAGGAUAUGAUUUUGGGGAGAAACAGCGGCGGUCGAAAGUCAUUUGCUGCUAAUAACGGCAGCACCAAAUCGGAAGGACUACUGAAAUCUAUGUUUAAAAUACCAACUCCUGCUGCCGGUAAUAUCCGUAAAGAACUGCUCUUUGAAGAAGACUGCAUUCUGAUAAACGACGAAAACACUCCAAACAAUCAACAGGCCACCUCGCCGACCAAGUGCUCGCGGUUCGAACUGAAAGCGAACAGUUACCUUAAGGACAUUCAGGUCGCAACACUGAAAAUGAAGAAGUUCUGCGAGAAGCAUCAGCAGAAUAAUUCAAAGCAGAUAGCUAGUGACAGCAUACUGGAUCUGAACGGCAGCGCACGACCAGAGGAAGACUUAGCGGUAGAUUUUUUGCGUUCGAUUGCUGAAAUCGAAAAUGCCAUCCAAGAUAUGCGAUUCGUACUGACAGAGCAAUGCAUGAGGCAAGCGACGGCGGUGGAUUUUGCCAGAACACCAAAGUCGGUGAGAUUUUUGCUGGACUAAGCGGUGGAAUUAUUGCGACACAGGAGUGCUUAUUUUUAAUGAGUAUGUAUUACCUAAUGGUGUUUGGGACAAUCAGAGUGAGACGUGAUUUUAACUGCCUUGCCACGUGUUAACAGUAUUAAGCUGUGUCGCGGUUUUUCAAUGUAUGAUGUAUGUUUCAUGUUUUAUUAUAGUACUCCAAUUAAAAACAUACAGCAAAUCAA